AUGAGUGCACAACCAGGAGGUACAAAUCCAUUUUUCGCAGGCACUGCAGAUGGCGCUGCACAAGAGCGAGUGCAGGGCAAUGUGCUACACGACCUUGUGGGGCUUGAUCUGAGCAGCCCGUCGGUGACGUCGCCCGUCUCGCCUCCACAGGUGCCUGGCGCACUGGCCAGCGCCUCGCCGUUUGUGCCUGGGCAUGAGGUGCAGGAGACGGUGGUGCGUCAGGAACGGUUCAUUUCUGAAUCGCCCGUGGAGUACCAAGCGCCUAUGUUAGGCGCACAGCAGCAGCAGCAGCAGCAGCAGCGGUCCUCUGCCGCGCCGCAUCUUUUUGCUUCCCACCAUACAAGCAAUCCCUUUGUACAAGCGCACGAACCGCUUGCGAGCCAAGCAGGUGCGCCUAUGGGCUUUCCCACUGUACUUGGCGCGCCAGUCACAACGCGCGGCGCAGCGAUCGGUGCCACGAUGCCUGCAGCGCCUGCACAGGAUCCGCAGCAAAUCGAGGCCGAUGAGCAGCUUGCCAGGAUCUUGGCGCAGCAGUCCUCUGCAGACGAGGUGCAGUGGCCGUUGAAAGAUGUCCUGUGGCGCGGCACGAAUGCCAAGAUCAUUAUGCAGAAUGAGAAUGGUCCGUGCUCUUUGCUUGCGCUGUGCAAUCUCUUGCUCUUGGAGAAUCGUCUGCAGAUCACGCCCUCCGAUCGUCCUGCUGUAUCUUACUCGUACCUGUCGUCCAAUUUGGCAGAGUACCUUGCGACGCACGAUACCAGCACUGCGAACCCCGGCAUGCUGAGCGCAGCGAUCAGUGCGCUGCCUACGCUGCAGCACGGUUUCCAGGUGGAUAUUGGGUUCGACUCCCCUGCCCAUUUUUCUUCAGCGCGCAACAUAAGCGCAGCAGACCAAGAGGCAUCAGGCGAGCUUGCUUUGUUCCAAUUGCUCGGCGUGCCGCUGGUCCACGGCUGGAUUCCGAAUCCCCAGGACAGGGCUACGUACGCAGCUGUGGGCGAGGCAGGCACAUAUAACAAUGCGGCAACGAUCGUUGCACAGAGCGAAGCGGAUGGUGCUGUUGCGCCCCGGGAGCAAGCCACCUUGCUGCGCACAUUCCUAUUGGAAAAUCCCACCCAGCUCACUCCCUACGGCAUUCAAGCGCUCAAACAGGUGCUGGUCCCAGGAAAACUUGCCGUGCUGUUCCGCAACUCACACUUGAAUGUAAUUUACAGGAGACGCAACGACGAAGGCACGAGCGCCACUCCGGAACUAUUCACGCUGGUCAACGACGGCGCAUUUUUAAUGGAGGAUCGCAUUUUAUGGGAAAGCUUGGAAGAUCCUACAGGCGGGCAAAAUAUGUUUUUCGAUACAGACUUUGAGCAGGUUGAGUAUGCGCCGCGUGCUCAAGGUACACACACUUCCGACCGCGACUAUGCGUACGCAAUGCAAUUACAGGAUCAAGAGCGCACGCGCGCGCGUGCACUGCAGCGCGCACGACACGAGAGCCAAACGCGCCAAGGUCCCUUUUCAGAUGAUGCACAAGACACCGACACCUCUGCCAAGCAGAAACUGCGCAAUAUGCUGAAGCGCAAAGGCAAGCAAGGCGACACGGACAAAAAAGACUGUAUAGUGAUGUAG